AUGUCCACAGACCCAGAAGUCAAGGAUAGGCUCGAUUUAAUGCAAGUCAACGGUGACCAAAGAGAAGAGGACAAGGAGGACUUGGUGACACCGUGGGAUGUGGCGGCGAGUAGCGCAACUGGUGUGGACUACGACAAGUUAAUAGUGAAAUUCGGCUGUCGCAAGCUUGGCCAAGAUCUCGUGGAACGGUUCAAGAAAGUCACCGGGCACGAACCUCAUCCAAUGCUACGUCGUGGAAUGUUCUUCGCUCACAGGGAUUUUGCGGCGAUUCUGGAUCGUAAAGAACAAGGGAAACCGUUCUUUCUGUAUACUGGUCGUGGUCCUUCUUCUGGAAGUCUUCACCUUGGUCAUCUGAUUCCUUUCAUGUUUUCAAAGUGGCUGCAGGAAGUGUUUGACGUGCCUCUCAUCAUCCAGAUUACGGAUGACGAGAAAUUUCUGUGGAAAGACAUGAAGGUAGACGAGUCGAAAAAAAUGGCUAGAGAAAACAUGAAGGACAUAAUUGCCGUUGGUUUCGAUCCUGAGAAGACGUUCAUGUUCAACGACUUCGACUAUAUGUGUCCACCGUUUUACGAAAACAUCUGCAAGAUCUGGAAAGUGGUCACGGGAAAUCAGGCUCGAGCCAUUUUCGGUUUCACACCUGAGGAUAGUAUGGGGAAGGCGGCAUUCCCUGCAAUUGAAGCAGCGCCAUGUUUCGCUUCAUCAUUUCCUCACAUUUUCGGUAACAAGACGGAUAUUCCAUGCCUCAUUCCGUGUGCUAUUGAUCAGGAUCCGUACUUCCGAAUGACUAGGGAUGUAGCGCCACGACUUAAAUUCCCGAAACCUUCUCUUAUUUACUCGACAUUCCUCCCAGCUCUGCAGGGUGCCCAAACGAAAAUGGCAGCUAGCGAUUCGAAUUCGUGCAUUUACCUCAGUGAUACUGCUAAGCAGAUUAAAAACAAGAUCAAUAAGUACGCAUUCUCUGGCGGUCAAGCGUCUAUAGAAGAGCAUCGUGCGUUAGGAGGAAAUUGUGAUGUGGAUACAAGUUAUCAGUUUCUUCGAUUUUUCAUGGACGAUGAUGAGCGUCUGGAAGAAAUAAGGAAGCAGUAUACGUCUGGUGAGAUGCUGACUGGAGAGCUGAAAAAACUGGCUAUCGAAGAGGUCACAAAAGUAAUAAUGGAAAUGCAAGAACGACGAAAAAAUGUAACGGAUGAGACGUUGGACGAAUUUUUAAAGAUUCGACCGCUCAAAUACAAAUAUUAG